AUGAUCUCACAGUUCUUCGUCCUUUCACAGCGUGGCGAUAACAUCGUUUUCCGUGAUUAUCGCGGUGAGGUCCCAAAGGGAAGUUCAGAGAUAUUUUUCCGCAAAGUAAAAUUUUGGGAAGAUGGGGAACUGCAGGAGGCACCACCUGUCUUUAAUGUAGAUGGUGUAAAUUACUUUCAUGUGAAAGUUGUUGGCUUACUGUUUGUUGCAACUACAAGGGUUAAUAUAUCACCUUCCUUUGUCUUCGAGCUUUUACAAAGAAUUGCCCGUGUUAUUAAAGAUUACCUUGGGAUUCUCAAUGAAGACUCAUUACGGAAAAACUUUGUCCUGGUGUACGAGUUACUUGAUGAAGUUAUUGAUUUCGGUUAUGUGCAAACAACAUCUACAGAGUUGUUGAAGUCCUAUAUUUUCAAUGAGCCGCUUGUAAUUGAUGCAGCCCGACUGUCACCUCUUGGACCUGCUGCAAUCUUUUCACAGGGGACAAAAAGAAUGCCUGGAAUAGCUGUUACAAAAUCCGUUGUUGCAACAGAGCCUGGGGGUAGAAGGAGGGAGGAAAUCUUUGUAGAUAUAAUUGAGAAAAUCAGCAUUACUUUUAGCUCUAGUGGAUAUAUAUUGACUUCUGAGAUUGAUGGAACCAUACAAAUGAAAAGCUAUCUUACUGGCAAUCCUGAAAUUCGCUUGGCUCUUAAUGAAGACCUUUCCAUUGGAAGAGACCAGGGACCAGUUUCCGGUUAUAGGAGUUCCUCCGGAGGAGCAGUGGUAUUAGAUGACUGCAAUUUCCAUGAAUCUGUUCGUCUUGAUAGUUUUGAUACGAACAGAACUCUAUCCCUGAUACCGCCGGACGGUGAAUUUCCGGUCAUGAAUUAUCGUAUGACCCAGGCAUUUAAGCCUCCUUUCCGUAUCAAUGCUUUGAUUGAAGAGGCAGGGUCCCUGAAGGCAGAAGUACUUCUUAAAUUAAGUGCCGAGUUUGCCUCAAGUAUAACAGCAAACACUAUCAAAGUGCAGAUGCCAUUACCAAAAUAUACCACCAGGGGGCUUUCGCCCCAAAAGAAAAAAAACUACACAGCUAACCUAGGGAAAAUAGUCCCCGCAGCAUCCCUAUUUAUCAUAACUUUGAGAAAGUGCGGUGCAUCUUCUUGA